UGUUCCUAUUUCCCAAGACUCAGUUGUUUUUGCAAAUUGUUCAUCCUUAGCUUCAGAACCUCUAUUUCCCAUAUUUUUCAAUUCUUAAUUGUACGUAAACCAAAAGACAAUAGUAUGGGAUCGAGAGCUGUUAUACAAGCAUUUGAUCAGUAUGAAAAAGCGAGGAUUCAUUUUGCUCAAACGAUGGCCGAUAUGGCACUGCGCUCUAUCAAUGUUGACUGUAUGCUAAAGUGUAAUGUGCUCGAGCUGCUGCAGGCUCUUUUGUCUGACCCUUCCCUCAGGGUACAACAGAACGCCGCUCUCGCGAUCGGAAGACUUUCCAACAAUAGCCCCGAGGCUGCUAAAGCAGCGGUUAACGUCGACGUUCUACCAACUAUGCUGAAGGGUAUAGAAAAGCGAAGCAAAUAUUACAAGAAAGCGGCCAUGUUUUCUUUGAGGUGCGUCGCAAAACAUUCGGCAGAAAUGGCCACUACGCUAGUCGCAUCGGGAGCGUUGGAAGCUAUCUUGACAUGCCUUGAGGAAUUCGACACAGGCGUCAAAGAAGCAGCAGCCUGGGCUGUUGGAUACAUUACAAAGCAUAACACUGCCCUUGCACAAGCUUGCGUCACAGCAGGUGUUUUACCGAUGCUGCAAUUAUGCCUUCAUGAGCCAGAGCUUUGCCUUAAACAAGUCGCAGCAUCCACCAUAGGUGAUAUAGCAAAACAUGAUCCGAGCCUGUCACAGGCAAUCUGUGAUUCAGGGUGUACAAUGCUGCUUGCUAAGUGUAUGGCUUUUCCAAGUCCAAGGCUGAAAAAACAAGCCAUUUGUGCUCUCUCCCAAAUAGCAAAGCAUACGUUGAAUUUAGCAGAAUCUGUGGUAGAAACGGAUGUAGUUACAGACGCAGUAUUACACUUGGGCCAUCCAGACACAACUGUCCGAAAAGCUGCGGCUAAUCUGCUGUGUGAAAUUUGCAAACACCAUGUUCAGCUAGCUCAGUUAGUAGUGAAUUCAGGGGGUAUCGGUGGGCUUCUACAGCUGAUUCAGUCUGGCGACGAAGAGCCAAUGUUCCCUGCUGUUCUUGCUAUCGGAUUUAUGGCUGCUCAAUCUGAAUUUAUCGCAUUGGCGAUCAAAGCUUCAAGGGGUAUAGAGACACUUGCUUUUAUGCUCAACCAAAAUUUUCCUGAUCACAUUCUGGCGACUCUGGCUUGGGCUAUUGGCCAGAUAGGAAAACACACAUCUGAGCACUCAGAGACAGUUGCAAAGGCGAACACCUUCCAACGACUUCUUGAACUUUAUCAAAGCCCAAAGAGCAGUGAGAACUUGAAACAAAAGUGCAAGGGUGCGUUGAAACUUACACUCUCGAUGUGCACAUCAUUGACUGAGCUGGAACCCAUGCUUGAAAAAGCUCCUCCGGAAAUACUCAAAUAUGUUCUCGCUCAGUACAGCCAGUUGCUUCCUGUGGAUGCAAGAGCAAGACGACUGUUUGUCGAGAGCGGAUGCCUACAAAGAAUCCAGAAGAUUCAAGCCGAGCCGGGCUCGACUCUCAUGGAGCUCAUCAACAUUGUCAACCAUUGCUUCCCCGAGGAGAUUAUAAGGUAUUACUCUCCUGGCUACCCAGAGUCGUUUAUCGAAGCCGUUGAGAACUACAAACCGACUGUCCCUGCAAUGUUCACAAGGGAGCACGAUGAUCCUGAAGACUCUGAGAUUAUGGAUGCGCUCAGGCCACCGGCAAAGAACGAGUUUGAAAUUUGUUAGACACACAUUUCGGCUUAUAGGAAAUAUAUUUUCGGAAAUAUUUUGCAAAGUGAAACUAAAGUAAUUUUUAGUAAUAAAGAAAUGGGAAAUUAUU